AUGGCUGAUGCAAGAGGGCUCGUGCUUUGGGCCAAAUCUGCCAUCUUCAACUUUCAGAGUCUACUAACUGUAAUCUUGCUGCUCAUAUGUACCUGUGCCUAUAUCAGGUCCUUGGCUCCCAGCUUACUGGACAAAAAUAAAACUGGACUAUUGGGAAUAUUCUGGAAAUGCGCCAGGAUUGGUGAACGGAAGAGCCCCUACGUGGCUGUGUGCUGUGUCGUGAUGGCCUUCAGCAUUCUGUUUGUACAGUAG